GCUGGGGAAGCGGCUCCAGGCCGCGGUUCUGAUUGCGGAAGCGUGGGAGGUUAACUCCCUUCGUAGAGACGCGACCCGAGCGGGACGUGCAGGAAAAUGAGGCUCGUGUGGCCCUGGCUCGUCCUGGCGCUUUUAGAUUGGAGCCAUUGCAGCGGGUUUAACACCCGGGAACCGCAGACGGAAGUUCCUCCUCCAAAAAAUGUUACGGUAAAAUCAUAUAAUGAAAAGAUCUCUGCAUACUGGGAUUAUGAAAGCCCAUCCUUAAAACCUCUAUUUACGGUGGGGAUCAAGUGCUAUAGCACUGGUGCUAGCAAGAACGUUGAUACUUGCAUAAACAUAAAGCAACACUAUUGUGAUCUUACCAACAAAACUGAUAAUUGUGACAUUUUCUGGGUUGGAGUGAAAGCGCUUUCUGGACAAUACCAAUCGAAAUAUAUUGAACAAAAAUUUGAUAUUCUCAGGGAGGGCCAAAUAGGACCUCCGAAGUUCAAUCUUUCCAUUGAUAAUGGGGACAUAGUAGUCAAUAUUGAACCACCUUUAUUUCCAUAUGGUAACCUGAUUGAGGAGUUCACCUACAAAUUGUUCAUUUGGAAACAUGGAAACCCAGAAAAGCGAGAAGAGGUUAUCACAGAUGACUGCUAUUUUGAGGAAUGCAAUACAUCUCUAUCUGUUCCUUUGGAUACCUCUUACUGUAUUUCCACUCAAGUCUUUUCAUCAUCACUAACAAAGGUUGGUGAAGAGUCAGAAGAAAAAUGCAUCUCACCAACUCCCAAGUCCUACCUAGGCUUUACACUAUUGAUAAGUUUUGGAACUGUUGCCCUGGUUAUUUUGGUAAUCAUUCUUAUUGUAGUCCUUAUAAAAUUUCAGGAGAGAAAAAUUACACUUCCGAAAUCUCUGGCAACUGUGGUAAGAAACCAAGUAGGUAAUGCUGAAUGUAAGUCAGAAUGCAGAUAUGACAUUAUAACAUCAACAUCCUACAAGCCAAUGGAACCAUGUGAAGAUGUAAAAACAGCAGAGAAAUUCGAUGUCAUUGAGAAUGCAAAAAUCAUUGAUCCGAAUUAUAGCAAAGACCUAGAUAUCGAUGGUUCCCAAGGAAUGCAGAAAGGAGAAAGGAGCACCCAAGAAGAUAUGGUUAUAGAAAUAUCUGAAAAUGAACAGAUUCACGAAGACGGUAUCACAGAUUAUUCUAAAUCAAUCACUGGGCAAGACACAUGUCCUGAUCUUCAAAAACUGGAUCUUCCCAGAGCAGAUGUCCUAAACCCAAAACCCACUAUCCUAAGGUGCUCACUCAAACCAUCUGGGUAUGACAAACCACACUGGGCUGACUGAAGGUCUAGAGAUGAAUUCUGAUGACCCUCCAAAAAUUGGGAAAGCCAUUUUUACUAUGAAAGAGCAUUAUUGGAAACUUCAUCAGAAGCAUCAUCACUAUGCUUAUGAGCACUUUAAUCCUUGCAUUAGAGAGAGGGUAUUCUUAUAGCUUGAUGGUAUCCAACCUGAGAUGAGAACUUGUAGCUGCCAAAGAACUGAACUAAAGUUACACUCCUACAGAUACUUGGUACAAAAAAUAAGUCUUACUGUAUUCAUUCCAUUUUGAAUUGAUAUUCGUAAGAUUCUAAUAGAAUAAUUUCAUGAUGUGCCAAGAUGCUGCAUUGAAAUCCUUUUGUUAAGAAGCUGGUAUUUUCUAAAUAUGUUAGAAUAUAAACCCUAUAUUUCUUU